GAAUCCCUCUCUCCUUUCUCCUUCUCCUUCUUCAUCUUCUUCUUCUUCUUCAUCCCGAAUUCAAAACCACCCCACCAAAAAAAAAAAAUCAAAUCUUUUCUCCAUUCGAAUUUCGAAACCUCGAACCCCUUUCGACGCUCCCGAGAUCGAAUUCCCAUCUCCCCAAAUCCCCCCCACCCCCACCCCACCCAUUUUCCAUCCUCCUUCCCCAGAAACCCUUGCGGAGGAUGAAGGCCUCCCUCAAGUUCCGCGAGGACCGGAAGCCCCUCAUCCGCGCCAAGGUCCCCCUCAGCAUCCUCGGCCUCCCCUUCCAGUCCGGCGUCGUCGCCGGCGAGCCCCGGGAGCUCGCCCUCCACCUCGGCACCUCCUUCGGCUCCGGCCCUUCCCUCCGCCUCUCCUACCGCCCCAACGACUCCGCCAGCCCCUUCUCCCUCGCCGUCAGGACCGGCACCGGCCCGCUCGGCUCCCCCGCCGCCGGCUCCGUGUCCAUGUCCGCCGAGUUCGACCUCGUCCGCCGCGGGAGCCCCCGGUUCAUGCUCCACUUCCGCCCCGCCUUCGGGGACUUCUCCAUCAAGAAGCUGCAGUCGUCGUCGUCGUCCUCCUCCUCGGAGAAGGCCGCGAGGCCGGGGUUCGGGGGGAACGGCGUCGGCGCCGUCGCCGUCGCCGUCGCGGAGGAGGAUCCCACGAUCGAGGUCGUGGAGGCGCCGGCCGCGACGAAUGGCGGGUUCUUGCCGGAGAACGUCACGUUCUUCGGGAAGAGGAUAACGGCUCCGACGCCGGACUCCCCGGCGGGGAUCCUAUCGGGCAUGCUGUCUGGAAUGGAGGUGGCGGCCAGGACUGCGGUGCCGGUGAGGAGGAACGCCGCUGUCAGCUUCCGUUGGGGAGUUAGGGUUCCUGUGGAAAUGGAGGGCGUGGGGGGGUCGGGUAUUAAGCUGACGAAGAUUCCGUUCCUGGUGAUGAAUAAGAUCGGGAUUGAGCAUGUGGAGAGUACGAAUUCGAAGGCGGCUGCUAAGGUGGCCCCGGAGCCGAAAUUUGCCGGCGGGGUUGAUGUGGCAGAGGCUUGCUUCUCGAUGAAGCAUCAGCUGGAGGUGUUGCAAGCCGAGAACGGGUCCCUGAAGAAGGCGAUAGAGGAUCUCCGGCAGGAGUUCUCGGCUAGGAAGUCGAAUUCGCCAGUGGUUGGGACGGAUUCGAGCAAGUACAGGGAAUUUGAGAGGAAUGGAAACAGGCAUUCCAGUGCUAAAGUGGAUAGUAGAGGCAAUGGUAAGAAACCAUCGAUGGAUUCAAGUGCUUAUUCUGGGAAAUCAAUGGAAGCGGACGUGGGUGAGGAGUUGAAGAAGUCCUUCAAGGGAGCUUCUGGCGCUUGAAUUCGUCGACAUUAGCGCAAGGCGCCUUAUGGCUGGCAUGGAAGACGAUAGGCUGAGUGAUUAUAUAUCUACAGUUUUCAGGAUUUUUGUUCUUUUUGGAGAUUUCUAUGAAUUGGCUUUUAGCAUUUCAAUUUCCCGGGAAGUGUCUAUUGUAAAUGGGUUUAGAAUAAUGUUCUUUUUGGUUAUUGAAUUGGGUAGAUGUUUUCUGGUUAUUCGGGUUGCGUCUUCAUGGUUCGCUCGUGGGGAAUAAGUAGCAAUCACCCUUCUUUUCCUGUAAGGAGUUGCAUCGUAUACAGAUGAUGCACAAUCGCUCCUUUAGGUA